AUGUCCCAUAUUCGCCCAGAUACCACCCCGUUGAAAGACCUCACCACCGACAAUAUCACUGAGAAUGUCGUGGCCAUCAAUUCUUCUUGCCCGGACCCCCGUACUCGCUUCCUCUUCGAGAGGCUUGUCCAUCACCUUCAUGACUUUGCGCGCGAGACUCGUCUCACGACAGAAGAGUGGAUGACAGCCCUACAAUUCCUUACCCGGACAGGACAGAUUUGCAGCGACACCCGACAAGAGUUCAUUCUUCUGUCCGAUGUGCUUGGACUAUCUCUGUUGGUGGAUUCAAUUGAUCACCCAAAACCGCCCACGUCUACCGAAGGCACUGUUCUCGGUCCCUUCCACGCCCACGGAGCUGAGGAAUUGGCCUCGGGUGAGGCCAUCUCGCAUGAUCCCGAGGGAGAGCCACUGUUGGUUCUGUGUUCAGUGAAAGAUUCUCAAGGCAACCCACUGCCAGACGUGGAGAUUGAUAUCUGGGAGACAGACUCCAAGGGCUUCUAUGACGUGCAAUAUGCGGAUCGUGAAGGAUUCGAUAACCGAGCUAUACUACACAGCGACAAGCAGGGAAAGUUUCAUUUCAAAGCCAUUGUCCCAGUUUCAUAUCCCAUUCCAGAUGAUGGGCCUGUAGGGCAGCUUCUCAAAGUCCUCAAUCGACACCCCUACCGACCUAGUCAUAUGCAUUUCAAGUUCAACAAGGCUGGUUACGAUCCAUUGAUAACGGCACUCUAUGUUCGUGGAGACCCCUAUGAAACCUCCGACGCCGUCUUCGGAGUCAAGGAGUCCCUCAUUGUGGAUCUGAAGAGGGCAUCUGAUACACCUGGACUCUCUGAGAGAUAUGGAGUACUGGAAACCACAAAGGUGCUGACAUACGACUUUGUUCUGGUCUCUGAAGCUGAGGUAGAUGCGCUGCGGCAUGAAAAGGCAACACAAUCGGCUGGGAAUCUUAGGAAUGGUGUUAAGGUAGUUAAAGGCACUCUUUCUUAUUAA